AGGACUUAUUCUUAGUGAAGGCGCAGCCACCAAAAAGGUUUGGGCUUACGUCAGUGAUCCGAAAACGUGUAAUGGAUGCGGGGUCCGUCGUGAACGCGCUUCUCGCUCGCCACAACGCCCAUCUCAACGAGACCAACGCAAAAGGCGCACUUCGAAGGGCACGCAAAGGGCAGGAUGUGGCGACGACGUCUGCGCGGCCGCCGCCCAAGGUGAUGGAGGCGGUGCGUCGCGGCGUGAACCCGCUAAUGCUGGGUGCGGAUCUACACAGGACGGAGUCAGCGGCACGCGAAAAGGCAAAACAGAAACGUGCAGGACGCGCGUCCUCGAGGCGAACCGGCCCUUCACGUGGCCGCAAAUGCGACGAAAGCCGUCGAACUACAAACGUGAACAGCAACACUUUAAAAGGAGAGAGCAAAGCAGCAGCGCUCCUGCCGACUCCCCGCAAAGCUGCCUUGGCGCGUGAGGAGGCAGUCUCAAAGACGCUGGCGGCGCGUCACCGGGAGCUGCGCGCGCAGCCACAAGGUGAAGCGGAGGAGCGAAAGCGACUGCGAUCGACCUCGAGCACGAGCGACGUGCCUCAGAGGCGUUUCAGUGGCGGAGCGGAUGCGAGUGGGUCGGACAGGGAGGGCGGUGCGGCGCAACGUGCUCGCACGGAGCAGAAUUUGUCGACGCCAACUCCCGCUUUGUGUCACAAUAAGAAAGACGGUACGGCGGCUGUAGCGAAGCCACGGCGGGACCUUUGGCGUCGACGCUGCACUAUACGUAAAAUUCUGCGCUUGUCACGCGGGGUUUCGCGGGCGACGGCGCUGCGGCGUUACUGGUACACGAAACUGGACGCAGGGGCAGCACAACUUUCCUCACCGAGCGCUGAUGCAGACGCUCCCGCUCAAGAACCGGACCACAGGAGUAAGGAUGACUUGGAUCAAACAACAAAGACGUCUUCACGCCAACUCGCACCGGACGCUGCAGAAGCGACGUGUGCAGCACGUCGCCGACGCGCUGCUCGUCGAUGUGUGCUGGCGCGCUACCACGCUCGUGUGCAGGUACGCAGGUCUGAGACAGAAACAUCCGUAGCAGCUGUCAUCACGGCGGAGGAGAAAAACGGUGCAAAUAGUGUGUCCAUCCCCACACGGCGCCUCACGCGGCGACAGUACAAGGCGGGCGUCAACGAGCUGCUUCACCACGCCGACACGGAAAUGUGGGGUCUCGCCAUUCGUGCGGUGGUGGAGCGGCGUGAAGUACUGCAGCGAAUCGCCUCCAGCUGCACAGCGGCAGUAUCAGAGAAGGGGUCGGGCAACGGCGGUGUGCUGCCGCUCCUCCUCGCCCGUCACUUUCCGCUGUUCGGAGCAGAGGCAGAGGUGCAGGAGUUGGAGGUGCGGGCGCCGCGUGUGAAUCGUCGCCGUACCCGCCACCGGCGUCGGGCACGCUACGCAGCCGACAACAAUGCAGGCGAGAACCCCAGCGACCGUAACGGCACGGAAGCUGCGGCUUCGUCUGCAGCACGCCUGUGCGUUUUGCAGCGCCACCGUGGCAUCGUGGUGGAGGAUUACAGCGACACGGUGGGUGUGCUGUUGCUGCCGCCUUCCGUCGAAGGACAGCGCGCCUGGGCUGCCGCAGUUCAGCAGACGUGCGCGUCAACGAGCGCAGCUUUGCGCCGAACAGAAGGUGCGGCGGCUUUGCAGAGACUGCGUGUCAGUGCAUUGUCUCCGCGUGUGGUGCGGGUGCCAAAGCACUUUCCAGGUGCCUCGGGUGCUUUGACGGAGUUGCUCCCGCUCAUGUUGGCGGCUACGCGCCAUCGCAGCACCAGGAAAGCUGGGGAUGCGUUUUCUUCUGCAACACCGUCCCCGGCAGCCCGCUCCGCAGGUACGCGCGUGCUGGCCGCGAUAUUUUGCGGCGAGGUCAAUCCACAACUGAACGCAAUGGACGCAACACCGAGCGAGAAUCGCAAUGCGGAUGCCACGAAGCUGUCAGCGACUCCGAACUAUCCGUUAAAGCGCUUGCAAAAUCGCUGUCUCUGA